AUGGUUUCCGCGGCAUUCGUCCUUCCGUCCGCCGUCUCCUCCCCCUGGCUCAAGCCUACUGUUCACCGCCACACCAAUGGCCUCCGCUCAAUACCCGCCGCCUCCCCGUCCGUCCCGCGCACAGCCCGCAUGUCCGUCCAGGAGGUCCCCAAGGAGAGCUUGAAGGCUGUCAUACCGGACGAAACCGAACGUCGUCUCAACAUCGGCAUCAUCGGAGCUGGUCGCAUUGGCCAGGUCCACGCCGACAACAUCACCUUCCGUCUCCGCAACGCCAACCUUGUCGGCGUCUCCUCGGGCUCCCGCAAGCUGGCCGAGCGCUGCUCAUUGGCUCAUGGCUGUGAACCGUACUACGAUUAUCAUACGCUCAUCGAAAACCCCGCCGUGGACGCCGUCUGCAUCUGUUCUGCUUCGAAUCAGCACACCGACCAGAUCAUUGCUGCAGCACGUGCCGGUAAGCAUAUCUUCUGCGAGAAGCCUAUUGAUACCAAUCUCGAAGUCAUCGACAAGGCUCUCGUUGAGGUCAGAAAGGCAGGUGUCAAGCUUCAAGUUGGCUUCAACCGCAGGUUUGAUCAGAACUAUCGCAGGGUUCGCGAUGCCAUCAUUGCGGGUGAAAUUGGCUCCCCUCAGAUCUUGCACAUCAUCAGCCGUGACCCUGCACCCCCUCCGCUUGAGUAUGUCAAGAACUCUGGUGGCAUCUGGAUGGACUGUGCUAUCCAUGAUAUGGACAUGUCGCGCUUCCUUAUCGGCUCUGAGGUCGAGGAGGUCUACGUCUUGGGUGCUGUCAACCUCGAUCCCGCCAUUAAGCAGUACGGUGAUGUCGACACCAGCAUCGUCACCCUCCGUUUUUCAAACGGUGUCAUCGGCUCGAUCGACAACUCUCGCCAGGCCGUGUACGGCUAUGAUCAGCGUUGCGAGGUGCUUGGGUCAGGUGGUUCCAUCCACAUCAACAACAAUUACCAAAACUCAGCUGUCAUCUCCAAUUCAUCUGCUGUGAAGCGCGAUCUGCCUUUGAAUUUCUUCAUGGAUCGAUACACUGAUUCUUUUAUCGUCGAGCUCAAUGAGUUCUGUGACUCUGUGUUGAACGACAAGCCCGUUCCAUGUACAGGUCUUGACGGACGUGCGCCUGUGGUCAUCGCGCUCGCCGCCAAGAAGUCAUACCAGGAGAGUCGACCGGUGCGGCUAACUGAGGUCGACCUUCCAUUGCCGGAAUCUUUGGUCGGCUGGGAUGGACAGUAAUAUCUCUGCUACUUCGCAUGUGUGUGAUAAGGCCAUGGCAGGUGAGUUUGCAUCGGAUUGCUUUCUUGGUCAUCGUGGAGAGGCGUGUCGUGGGGUCGUUGCGAUGAUAGUUUGUUUCUUGUAUCCAUGUUGAUAUGUAAUAGUCUGUAAUGUCCGCAGUCACCGUCGGAAGAGCCCGUAGGGUGCUUCCUUGAAGGUGAUAUGCUGGCAAGUCAAUUUCUGAUAAUGUAUCUAUGCCUUGUAGUGAGCUUCAUAGCACGAUAUAUACUGCAGUGCGGCUAAAAUGUGUUUCACGAUGAGA